CGGGCGCGUCUUCACCAGAACCAGCACUGAUGGGGGCGGUGCCAUUAAGGCCACGCCUCCCGCGCCGACUCCGGGUGGCUUUGUAGCGACAUCGUAAGGUCUGAGGGGCGGAGAUUCGGAAGGAUUCUCUCAGAGCCUAAGGCCCGGCCCGCGCGGUCAGUCGCGUCCCGUUCUUCCGGUUUCCGGUAGCUGCGCCGCGUCCCUCCGAAGCUCGGAGGAAACGCCCUCUCGAGAGCUCGUCGUCGCCCUCGUCUCAGCAUCGAACCCCCUCAGAGUUGCUCCGGAGCAACUCCAGCCCAGCAUUCUCUCGCUCUGUUUCCCGGCCCCACACUGCCCACUGUCCUGGAUGUGCUGGCCCUUCCCACCCUUCUAAAAUGUCCAAUAACCUACAGAGGGUCUUCUUGAAAGCCGCAGAGGAAAAGUCAGGCAACGCCUCGCACUGUGUUUCAGGCUGCAUGUACCAAGUAGUUCAGACGAUUGGCUCGGAUGGAAAAAAUCUUCUGCAAUUACUUCCAAUUCCUAAUUCCUCUGGAAAUCUUAUACCACUAGUUCAAUCUUCAGUCAUGUCUGAUGCUUUGAAAGGGAAUACAGGAAGCCCAGUUCAAGUUACUUUUCAGACUCAGAUUUCCAGCUCUACCACAAGUGCAUCAUCAGUUCAAUUGCCCAUUUUUCAGCCAGCCAGUUCUUCAAACUAUUUAUUUACAAGAACAGUAGAUACAGCAGAAAAAGUUAGAGUUACUUCUGUGGGAACUGAAAAAUUUACCUCACCAGUUUCUAAAGUUCAGAGUCAUGGUGUGAAAAUUGAUGGACUCACCAUGCAAACAUUUGCUGUUUCUCCCUCCUCAACACAAAAUGAUUCAUCUUUUUUCUUAGUAAAUACCCAGAGUCUCCCAAUGACUGUGAAGUCUCCAGUUUUGCCUUCUGGGCAUCAUUUACAGAUUCCAGCCCAUGCUGAAGUGAAAUCUGUACCAGCGUCAUCAUUGCCUCCUUCAGUUCAGCAAAAGAUACUUGCAACUGCAACCACAAGUACCUCAGGAACAGUUGAGGCCUCCCAAAUACCGUCCGUUAUUUACGUAUCUCCUGUAAAUACAGUGAAAAAUGUAGUUACCAAGAACUUUCAACACAUUUACCCAAAACCGGUUACAGAAAUAGCAAAGCCAGUGAUACUAAAUGCCACACAAAUUCCAAUGAAUGUUGCUAAAGAGACACAAUUAAAAGGUGGUCAGCAUUCUCAAGCUGCUCCAGUGAAAUGGAUUUUUCAAGAAAAUCUACAGCCUUGUACUCCGUCUCUUGUUCCUGUUAAGUCUUCAAAUAAUGUGGCUUCAAAGAUUUUAAAAAGUUUUGUAGAUAAGAAAAAUUCGGGAGAUAAUUCUAUAAAUAUGCCUCCAUUGAGUACCGUCAGUCAUAGUGGGACGCAGUCCAAGAGUAUGCCUAUUAAAGAUAAUGCUUUGGUUAUGUUUAAUGGGAAAGUCUAUCUGUUGGCUAAAAAGGGGACAGAUGUUUUGCCAUCACAAAUUGACCAGCAGAAUUCUGUUUCUCCUGACAUUCCACCAAGAAAAGCUAUAUCACAGAUAGUGAGUUCAAGUCCAGUCACAAAAAUAUCCAGAGAGGUCGUAAAUUUUGUUUUGGCUAAAAAUAAAUCUUCCCAGAUGGAGACAAAGUCACUUUCAGAUACCCAGCUUGCUUCCAUGGCCAAUCUAAGGGCAGAGAAGAAUAAAAAAGUGGAGAAACCAUCUCUUUCUGCCCCAAACCCACAUAAUCUGAACCCAUCCAUUAACUACUUAAAAGAGAGUAAGACUUUAUGCGUAAAGGCAGACUUUCCAGAUGGAUUUAGUACAGGACAGAAUGCCCCCAGAAAAGGAAAUAUCAUCCAGAGCAUAGAGAAAAUAAGUUCCUCUGUUGAUGCAACAACUGUUACUUCACAACAGUGUGUUUUCAGAGACCAAGAACCAAAGAUCCAGAAUGAGAUGGCAUCAACAUUAGAAAAAGUUACUCAAGACAGAAAUGACAAGAAAAAUCCUCAAGGAAGAAGCCAUAAGGCAGCAUAUCUGAAGACUGAUGCUGAGUUUAAAAAGAUAUUUGGUCUCACUAAAGAAUUGAGAGUGUGCCUUACGCGGAUUCCUGACCGUUUGGGCUUUGGAGAAGGUUUUGGUUCCUUUCGAAGUUUGGCGAAGAGUGACAGAGACACAGAGUUUAUAGUAAAGGAGAACGAGAAAAAACAGGGUUUUGAUAAGAAAAGAAAAGCAAGAAGCAUUAAGAAGAUGGAUCACACAAAGAAGAGAAAAACCGAGAGUGUUUAUAACACAGCUGUAAAUGGAGGCACUAACGUCACCAGCUCCCAACUCAUUAGUAGUCUUUUACCAACUUCAGAUGUAUCACACCGUAACAUUCUCACAAGCUCCAACAAAACCAGAGAUGAAAAGAGAACUGAAGUAGAACACUGUCCCCAGGAGAACCAGGAGAAAAGCACAUUGAGUUCAAAUGCAGAUUUUGAACAAAGUCAUUCCUUUAAUAAAAAUUAUACUGAAGAUAUUUUUCCUAUGACACCACCAGAGUUAGAAGAAACCAUUCGAGAUGAAAAAAUAAGAAGACUUAAACAGAUGCUAAGAGAGAAAGAAGCAGCCCUCGAAGAAAUGCGUAAGAAGAUGCACCAAAAAUAAUAAAAUGUUGCUAUACUUAAAGACUUCAGUGAAUUAACUAUGUUUUACCAUAUUUUUUUCAUCGAGUUAGAUGCAUUCUGAAAGUGAUUUUGAAUAUGAAAUUUUUUUUUUUCCAUCAGUCAAUUAUAAAAUUUUAUUUAAGGAAUACAGAAAAGAUUGAUUCAUGUAUGACUCUUGAAUAAUCUACAUGGGGUAUCAGAAUCUUUAGAGACCUUUUUUUUGGAAGGAAAAAUUUUCUGUUAUUUUAACUAGAAUUCCCCAAGUUUGAAUAUUUGUGCAGGAUCUUUGUUAUUAUUUGUAUCUUUAGCUAAACUCCUCAGGUAUUAUUCCAACAAUAGAUAAGUUUUGUAUACUAUUGAAAUUUUAAAUUCAAGAGGAAAUCAGCUCUAAAUUUAGCUUUGCCAGUGGGCUUGUGUAUGUACUCAAUCUCUUUACCCAUGAAGUGAUGCUACCAUCUACUCACCAUUGUAAUUUUUUUUUAAUUUCAAGAAAGAAAAUGCAUUAUAACAGCAUUAUUUAAAAAUUCAAACGUCUCUCAAGACUGAGGGACACUUGUUUUGUAACUUUUAUAAAUUAGUUUCAUGAUCCAAAAUGGGUUUUAGAAUUCAAGUUAUAUAAUGUCUUAUUUGCUUAAUGUGAUGUUAUUAUCUCUAGGCAAAUGCUGUUUCUUUUUUGAAUAUGACAUGUAACUUGGACUGUGUGAAAAGUAAAUGAACAAUGGCCACAUUUAAUACUUUUAAAAUUGUAAAGUGUAGUAUUUGAUUUGGAGAGUUUGGGAGUGGUGGGGGAUAGGGAUGAAGGGGAAGGAGGGAAAGGUUAUUUAAAAAGUGAUUAACAAAUCUCUGGAAUUAAAAUUAAAUAAAACCUGUACACUGGCAACAAAAUGGAAAACAAUACUGAGAGGGAGUAGAACUCAUGCAGACUGUUCAUCAAUGAGAUUCUCCUGCCUUUUCUUUUUCGUAACAGCUUUAUUGAGAUAAUUCACGUUAUAAAAUUUAUCCAUUUAAAGUAUACAAUUAGUGGCUUUUUAUUCACAGUUUACAGACAUCAACAUGCUCUAAUUUUAGAACAUUUUCAUCACUCUUGAAAAACCUUAUACAUACUAGCAAUCAGUGCCCAGACCCUCUUCCCCUGAACCCUAACAACCAAACCACUAGUACAUUUUCUGUCUCUGUAGAUCUGCCUUUUGUGGGCAUUCAUAUGCAUGGAAUGAAUCAUUCAAAGUAUUUCGUGACUGGUUUGUUUCUUUCACUUGUCAAGGUUCCUCCGUGCUUCAGUAUGUAUUAAUAUUUAAUUACUUUUUUAAUUGCUGAAUAUUUUGUUGUAUGGAUGUGCCAUACCUUGUUAAUUCAUUUAUGGACAGUAGGGUCAUUUACACUUUUGGCUACCAGGGUGUUGUGUUGCUAUGAAUGUUUGGGAACAAGUUUUUGUGUGGACACAUGUUUCCAGUUCUCGGGUGUGUAUCUAAGAGUGUAAUUAUUAGGUCAUAGCCUAACGCUUUGUUUUAACAUUGUGAGCAACUGCCAAACUAUUCCAGUCAGCUUUUACCCCCUGCUCCAGCAAAAUGGAUCUUGUCAAGGACGCCAGCAGGUUCCAUGUUGCUGUAUCCACUGGUCAAUUGUUCGUUGUCUUAAUUUAUCUUCUUCGUUUAUCUGCCUGUGGGAGCAUAAUUUCAUGAGUCAUUACUUCCUUUGAAAAAUCUUUAAACAUUUUAUUAUUAACGAAGCAGCAUAUGUACAUUAUAGAAAAUCAGAAAAUACAGCAAGCUAAAAUAUUAAAAAUUAAAACUUUAUUCCCAUCAAGCUAAAAUAUUAAUAUUAUUAAGAUAUUAAAUGUUGGACAAGGAGAUAAUUGAAGGCUACCAGUAAAUAUUGUUUGAAGUCAUAGGUCUGGAUGACAUACUUGGGAUAGUGUAAACGAGGAUAAAAUCGACUCAUGUCUGAGUACAUUUAAAAGUUGGAAAAAACAGUUGUAAAUGAAUUUUGAGGAUUAGAAGGAGAGAAAUCUUUGAAUAGUGCCUGGCAAUAGCAAGCAAUAUAUCAGUAUUUGUGAAAUAAACUACUUUCUCAUUUUGA